GUCUUGCUGCUGUGAGUGGUCUGCUGCUUGCACGCACGUCGAAACGAGCGCGGCGCCAUGGUGCUUCUCGAUGAUUACUUCUUCGCCGCGUGCGUGCGUGCAGCGAGGCCUGCGCAUGGCGUCUGCAAGUACUUGUGCCACCCGCCGCUCUCAGCUCAGCAGCGAAUGCAGCUGUCAGCAGCACGGCAGUCCAACGCCAACAACACUCCCUUCCACUCGCCCUGUCUCUGUCCCUUCACCCAUUGUUGCGCAGCGCAAGAACCAUUGCUGGAAUACACCCCAUCCACCGUGCCAGACGUAGCACAUGAACGCGACUCCGACAGCCUCCAGUCCAGACGAUCCAAGCGCUCCGCCGAGGCAAGCAGCAAGCAAGCAAGCAUCGUCUCUCCCGAACCCACGGGUGUCGAGGCCCAUCAGCGCACUGCAUCUCACGGACAAUCGCUGUGGCCCAGCUGUGCGGCAAAGGACGACCAGACCAGCAGCAGAACAGGUCUAUACAUAUGUGAGACCAAUCUGCGCUCUACACGUAGCACCAGCUGUGGCGUGGGUGCUCGCGGAACGCUGAUCGGCCAGCAUCGGCGUCGCCGCACCUGCACCAAGUCGUGGCGCAGCGCAGCCUGCUGCAUGACCGCACCAGCACGCUUCGCGUCUUCCGGCCAGUUGCACUGACUGCAUCCAAACAAAAGGUGAUUCUCAUCUUUUCGCAACAAGAUUCUUGUGCAGAAUCUAUCCAUAUCUCGCGGUCGCAAGCGCUGGCGCUGACGUUUAUGCGAUCGCUUAAUAGUCCCUCUUGAAUCUUAUGCAUUACUUUGGGCACACCAAAUUAUUAUUCCACGAUCACAUGGCAGAAUAUCCCACAUAAUCCAGAUGAAUUGCAUGGCAAGGUGCGAGAGUGAUUCAGACUGUCACAGCACAUCCGCGAACAACGACUUCGAAUCAUGUCCUCGUCGAGGACCCACUCCAGAGACACUACACAACAAUCAUCGAAACACCACAACAGUCGCAUACCAACCAAGGGUAGUGCUGAGAAUGGUCAGCAAAACAAAAGCACACAACACAUUUCCAAGCUAGCGAGGAGGACUGUCAAAGAUGUUGGUCAGGUGCCGAUCAGAUCCGCCGGUAGAACCCCAACGCCGGUAUCGAUGGCGGCGCAAAAACAUGGCCCAGAUAUGCCAAGGUUCCUGACACCGGUAGGCACCAUUGCGCCAGGUCAAGUGGGCAUGCGAACACCGUCUCUCAUUUCAGGCUCCUCAGCCUCGACGUUCGACAGCCCUCGAUCAAAUCUCCUCCGCCGCAAACAAUCGGGCGCGAUCGAUCACUAUGCUGCACAGAAACGCUCCGAGGCUGGAACACUGCAGCUUGUCAUACCCUCUCCACAAGAGGAAGAAGAUGAACAACUCAUUUCUCGCCCAGAAUCUGACGAGUCUGUGUUUGGGAUGAUGCCACCUCAAACGACAUUACGCGGAUCUGCAGGAUCAACGACCCCAGCCACGUAUGAAAACCUGAAAUAUCGCAACUUGACCAGAGAUCCCGCCGUGUACGGCUAUACACCUUCCGUGACUCCAUCGACAAGAUAUACCGACUCACCAUUCAGCCAUGUCCCGACACCGAGCUCAGCAUCUUCAUAUUCGUCAGGCUUGGCAGCAGUCGCGAGCGGGGCUCGUCCGCGGCGGUCGUCCAGCUCCUCCCGUACAGGCACACAGAUUGGCGCCACUGGUCGAACGGACGAGCAGAAGCAGUCCGCACUGCAUCCAGUUCGGGAAUCAUCCACGUCGUCCUCGAACUCCACGGUGCGCACGCUAAAGGAGGCAAACGCUAGUCGGCAACAACGAGCUGCGUCCACACCUGCGACGCCAGCGAAGGCAACUGUUGCCUCACCUGCCUCCGGGACCUCACGAGCUACAGGUCGUAGGAAGCUGACAAAAGAGCCUUCGCCGUCCAAGACGCGCAAAAAGCCCGUAGAGGUACCUCCAGAAUUGGCGCACCUGAAUGUCGCAACGCCUGUAUCCAAGACCCCAACUAGACCAAGAAGGGAUGAUGUGGCUUUCCUAGCAGACCUCAGAACACCAGCGCCAGUGAUACAAAGUGAUCUUCCACGCUUGUACACCGGCUAUCACAAACGCACCUCAUCGCAAGAAAGUGCGAGCCUCGAAAGCGCAUCUAGCGUCAAGAGCAGAUUUGGCUUACCGCCGAGAUCGUCUUCACGCGGCACGUCGCCGCGAGUGGACUCAGCCAUCUCACCUCUGCAUCCAGCGUUGCGCCCACAACAGCAGGACUCGGCUGCAUCUUCGUCGCAGGGACUGGAAACGAAGAAUGGCUUCCGCGGACAACGCAAAGAUUCGCCAGCCGUUGGCACCGCUCCAUCCCCUGCAAAGUCGCCUCGAUUCGGAUUCUUCUCGCGCAAGCCCAAGACCGACAACAAAGCUGCUGAGAAGCCGAGAAGACUAUCUAGCAAAGGUCCAGUGGCGGGCACUGGUCAUGAAGGCUACGGCAGAUUUGGGUUCAGAGGGAGAAGUGCCAGCACUACGAGCAGCACUACUUCCCGGUCGCCAAGCAGCGAUAGCGGAACUUACACGGCCAGUCUUGGAUCAACAACACUCAGGAGCAGCAAGAACAGUAGGAACAGCAAAGACUCCCCUGAGAUGGACGAGUUCUUGAGAGACCGAUUGAAGCCUGUAUACAUCCGCGGUAGUGGGAGUGCUUGGAGUCAGACCGAGUCUAUUCCCGAUGCACAGGGAGGAAGCACUCGAGCGCCCUCCUCGCAGUCUUCCGUUUCUGACGGCGCUUCACUGCCAUCACUGUUACCGUCCGCGAUGAGCAAUUCAUCUCGCCCCUCUUUCGAACACCGACCAUCAUUUGGACGAUGCAACACCCAAGAAAGCUCGGAUGAUGGCUUCGAUGCACGUAUCACGAAUCGUCGUAUGAAUGCUUUCGGGGCGCCGCGCUCAAUCGCUCCAUUAUCUGCCGCUGGUGCCUCGCUUCAGGUCAACGCAGAUUCGCAAGCUCGCCAACACUCUUUCGAAAGUGAAGGCGAGCAGCGUGUCUGGUUAUUGGACAACAGAGAAAUGCCAACUUCACCUCCACAUGCCGCAAAUGACUACGUGGAAGGGGAAGCGCGAGGUGCUUCGGUGGCCCGUACCAAAUCAAGGCGGCUGCGGAACUUCUUUCAGCGCGCCAACGUACCACCUCGAUCGACAAACCAGCCAAAAGGCGCUCCCAGUCAUACUACCAUCAAGAAUACCACGCCAGUGCCAGUCGCUCAUUAUGCCCUUAUGGAUUCUGUCUCACCAGUGGGCCUUGCAGAAGUCGAGGACUUGGUUUCUGACUUGGAAACGGCUAGAGACAAGGCGAUGCAUGUCUCGUACAGCUCAGCCGAAGAAGAUACCCGCGAGCAGUAUGAGACCUAUCCUCAAGGACCGAUGGAGCACAUUGCACCACGGCAGAUGCCAUCGCCCCGCUCAAAAAGUGCCACAUCACAAGCCAAUAACCAACCUGUAAUAUUCAUGGAAGGAGGCUCACGUCAACCUCAUGGCGCAGAACUUGCCCCGCCCACACAUCUAGGCAUGGUCGCGGGUCCACUUCAUACGCCGGAGCAAGACUAUGAUGUGCCAAAGCAACCGCGAAUUUUGCCGUUUGGGCGCAUACCUGCUGUGGUAUCCACACGUGGUCGGAAGCCGUCAGACGUGUCAUUCUCGCGGCCCUUUGCGGAGAGCCACCCCAAGCCUCCUGGAUCUGUCUAUAGUCAGAUACGCGGUAUGGCUGCAAGUCCGGUCGAGCCCGAUGUUCAUUCAGAUGCUGGAAAGAGCCCCUGGGCCCAGGCUAUCGUGACAAGUCCUCUCGACGAAAGUAACGAGAGUGCCAUCUGGAGUAGUGCAGAUCAGGCAAAGGCCAUUUCUGCGCGGCAAAGCGAAUUCAUCACCUUUUCCGAACGUAAGGACUCGCAGCAGUCGUAUGUAUCGGGAAGCUCCGGGACUAGGAGCGAUCCAGUCUAUCUGACUGCAACCAAUGCUGAGCUGCCUCAGCAAGAGGACAUCUGGAACGAGUACGACGAUCUGAUGGACGCUGUCGCCCUUGACAAACUUCCUUCUGCUGCAUUCUCGCUUGGGAGAUCGUAUGCGCAGGCGGAUGCGGAUGUCGCUGCUACAGUGAUGCCUCACUUGCACCCACCACCAUCCAGUAAUCCUCCGAGGGUUGAGCUUCCUGCCAUUCCCGGCUCAUACAUCAACUCAACUGUCCUCACGGUGCCACAGCAAGUAUCACGAUUCCUGCAGCCUUCGAUGUCACCCUUGACCCCUGAUACAUUAUCUGCUUGGGUAAACGAGUAUGGCAAUCGCAGCACUUGCACCUCGUUUGACCGCAUGAGUAUGCUCGACAUCCCGACAGCGAAUAUGCCCAUGCAGCGAAAUUCCCGACACAGUGCUGUUUCCUCGCGUCAAAGCACUGGCUCACGACAUUCAAGAUCCACAUCCUUGCCGGAUGCAACCCAAUACGGUGCCGAGGGGGGCAAUCGCCCUCUGCGCACUCAAAACAUUGCUCACCAGGGGCGAGCAGUGGUUGUCAGUCAGAGUAUCAGACAAGCAGACAACAUGCGAGCUGGGGCGUUCAUGACAAGUAAAUGGCUGUCCUUCGGCAGAAUUCUGUUCAGCCCGGCGAACAAUGAAUUGCGAUUUGCCAGCGAAGCACGAGUUCUCGUCAUCGAUGGCCUCAGCAGCGAUUGGUCCUACUACAUUGCCCGAUCAUACCCAAACACCGAGGUCUAUGACAUGAGCGCGGGUUCAAAAGUAUCCACCGAUCUUGGAUGGGACGACGCGGAUGCUAGCACGCCGGCCAACUUUCGCCGCAUCCCAGUAACCAGUCUCUCUGCGGCAUUUCCCUUUCCCAAAGGCUUCUUCAACGCGAUCGUGCUUCGCUUCCCGACCGCCACUACCGAGCAUAGCUACAGCGCCUGCGUGUCGGAAUGUAAGCGCGUGCUUCGCCCCGGAGGAUAUCUGGAGGUAGCCGUCCUUGAUCUGGACCUUAUGAACAUGGGCAGCCAAACUCGGAAGGCCGUCAAAGGGCUCAAGACGAGGAUGCAAAUUCGUGAUCCAACCGUCUGUCUGGGCAACCUUAGCGAUGUCUUAGUGCGCAUGGUUGGACGGAAAGGUUUCGAAAACGUUCAACGUUGCGUUGUUGGCGUGCCAGCGGCCGGACGAGUGCGUUCGCAAGAUCUCAGCGGCUCUGGCUCAGACAGCUCAGAAAGGACACUGUGGCAGCGCAAUCACACCUCUUCGGCUCAUGAUGGCUCAGGUUUCCUCGAUCUUCUCAACAAUACCGAAGAAAAGAUUCCCGAUCUGGGGAACAACGCUGACGAGAGCAUUACCAAAAUGGUCGCCAGAGUAGGCCGUUGGUGGUACACCAAUUGUUACGAACGAGCUUUGCUCCCAACUGAUCAAAGCAUCUGGAGCGAGCGAGGUCUUCUGCGAGAGUGCGAGAAGCAGCGUACUAGCUUCCGGCUGCUCAUCUGCCAAGCCCAGAAGCCACUACAAACACGAAGACGGACUGUGAGUGUAUGAGCGCGUUCGGGACAAAGCGUCGCUUUCCGAUGAUACCCAAUAUUUUCCGCUCCCUUCCUUUCACGACUUGAUGAUUUACGAAGGCUGGACCUGUAAGCAUUUGUUGAGAAUUUUUGUUCAUUGUCAUUUAGCGUUCGAGCGAUCAUUUGCCCAGAAUUUGCCCUUUGUUUGGCAAGUUUCCGAGGAGCAAGCAUUUGGGGAGUGUGUGUGAUGGUAUUCAAGACGCAUCUAUGGCCUCACGGCUGAACGGGAAUGACGGCUCCAUAAAUUAUAGCAUCGUUAGAGAGACUUGCAAUGGAUAAUGGAAAUCGGUGG